AUGGAUUCUCCCAAGUCAAUUGAGGCCUGUGGUAAGAAAGAUUCUCAUGCAACUGCCCAGGAAGAGAAAACUAUAGAGAAACUAGCCCGAGCUCAGUGGCUUCGAGCAGCUAUCCUUGGAGCAAAUGAUGGAUUGCUUUCCACCACAUCCUUGAUGCUCGGUGUGGGUGCAGCUAAAGAUCAAGAUCAACGGUCUAUGGUUCUUUCUGGAAUAGCUGGAGCUCUUGCAGGUGCCUGUAGCAUGGCUGUUGGAGAGUUUGUCUCUGUUUCAACUCAACGAGACAUAGCAAAGUCCAUUGCUUACGAGUUAAAAGGAAGCAGUUCAACUAAUAUUGCAGAAACCAAGCAAGGUGAAGUUCCUCAUGACAUGGUCUUUCACAGUAAAUUAGCCACUUCAACACAAGGCGGAAAACUUCUAUAUGAAUCACCUGUACGUAUACAGUCCAAUUCUUUGACACCUUCAAGAUCUCCACUGACAAAAGUUAUGGAAUUUGAUGCAAGAAGAACCAUGAUGGAGGAAUCAAAACAGGACAAUGCCAUAAAGUUAGAGCCACUGCCUAGUCCAUUGAAGUCUGCAGCAGCGUCGUCUCUGGCUUUUCUCUUUGGAGCCUUUGUUCCUAUGAUGCCAGCUCUAUUGGUGAGUGAAAACAGAAUCAGGAUAUUUUUGAUGGUGCUUGUAGCAUCAUUAGCUCUGUGUUUAUUUGGGGGAAUUGGAGCUUAUCUUGGUGGUUCAUCAGUGAAAAUAUCUGCUAUGAGAGUUUUACUUGGAGGGUGGAUUUCAAUGGCUCUCUCAUAUGGUUUACUUAAGCCCUUUGCUCAUGAUGAUUAG